AUGACGCUUGAACAACUGCUCAGAACAGGGGAGAAACCUUCUCCCUCCAUGGCCAGGUAUCCAGACGAAUAUGGUGGAGGUUACAUGGCAACUGUCGAAGCCAUUCACCAGCUCCAUUGCGUUGACAUGAUUCGCAGAGCCAGCUGGGGUGCACAAGAUAAUUCCACGAGUCAUGAAUCCCACAAAUCCCCUGAAAGCUUCCGCAUUCAUCUCGACCAUUGUAUUGAAAUGAUCAGGCAGAACAUUAUGUGUCGUAGCGACGUGACGAUGCUCACUUACGACUGGGUGGAGGGAGUCGAAGAUCCUUUUCCUAACUUCAACAUUCCUCACCGAUGCAGAAACUUUGAGAAGGUCUUGGAUUGGGUUGAUGGGCAUCGUGUUUUCGUCCCUAAAUCCAAGGUGGUCCGCUUGGAGGAUAACGUGGACCUGGCUUCCCCUCCUUGA